GUUUACUGAUACUCUAGUCUUGAAAAGUUGAAUUAAUGUCUAAUGAUAAUAGUCAAUAGUUAUAACUCAUAAUAUUAUGUAYCAUCAUGAAUGUAGGUUCAAGCUCAUAAAUUUUAUAAUUUAUGGUAUCUGAAUGUUGCCUACAAUUUAUAAAAACAAAAUGCAUACUUAGUCUUUUUAGUCUUUUCCUGCAGUCGUUCUUGAAGUAGGAACAUGAUACAACAUAAUAAAAUAAUUAACACUAUUGAUUAGUUUUCAUAUCGAAUAGUAUUAUUUGCUGURCUACKACUAACGGCCAUAAUAUUCUCAACGGACAAUUAUUUUUCAUUACGCAGUCCUUAUCGCAUUUGGUUUGUUCAAUUAGUUAUUUAGUCAUUACACCGACCUUGGACGGAAAUCGGGAUUCCGGAUUUUWGUUUCAAGCUUCAACUGUGUACUGAAAAUUAACGUACAAACUACAAUUUGUGGACCUUAUUGAAAUGAAUUAAUAUAGUAACGUAAACGAUUGGAAAUAAAAUUGGUUGCAAUGAUAAUUCAGACAUUUGCCAGAGGCAUUGGAACGAAAUUAAAAUUACCUGUCAUUCAUGUUUACUACAAAACCCUUUCAACUAAGAGCAGRGAUACGUCGUUAUGUGUUAACCAAUCAAUAUCUACUAAUACAAACAUAGCACGAUGUUGUUCAGUGGACAGCAAGGUCCUCGUUACUGAACAGACCAAACCUGUGAACCUACCAAAGAAUAUAGUCAUCAGCACGAUUAAACCAUACUUAGAACUUAUGCGAUUCUCUAAACCCACUGGAUGGUUGCUUUUAUAUUGGCCAUGCACGUGGAGUAUUGCUUUAGCUUCAACUGCAGGUGAACUUCCCAACUUUGAAAUGCUUGGUUUGUUUGGUCUGGGAGCAGUCAUGAUGAGAGGAGCUGGUUGUACAAUAAAUGAUAUGUGGGAUAAAGAUAUUGAUAAAAAUGUUGAAAGAACAAAAAAUCGACCUCUUGUCAUUAAAUCGUUAAGCAUGUUUGAUGCAUGGGUGUUCUUAGCUGGUCAGUUGGGUCUCAGUCUUAUCGUUUUGUUGCAGUUAAAUUUGUAUACUAUUGUGGUUGGAGCUAGUUCAUUAGUAUUAGUUACAUUAUAUCCACUUAUGAAACGGAUAACAUAUUGGCCACAAUUUGUAUUGGGCCUAACUUUUAAUUGGGGUGCUCUACUAGGGUGGUCUGCUAUUCACUCUUCGAUUGAUUUUUCUGCCUGUCUUCCUUUGUAUGCAGCUGGUGUUGCGUGGACACUUUUCUAUGAUACCAUUUAUGGUCUUCAAGACAGAAAAGAUGAUAACAAGCAUAAUAUUUACUCUACCGCAGUCUUGUUUGGUUCAAAAUCAAAAUUUUGGUUGACAUCUUUUGCGACAAUGUCAUUAAGUAGUUUAGUCACUUGUGGUGUUAAUACUGGACAAACAUGGCCCUACUAUUUAGCAGUUGGAGCUGUAAGUGCUCAUAUGUUUAAUCAAGUACGCACAUUGGAUAUAUACAACCCUAAAGAUUGCGGUGAUAAGUUUGUGUCCAAUAACCACGUUGGUUGGAUCAUGUUUUUAGGAAUAGCAUUAAGCACUUUAUUAAAAAAAUCUGAUGAAAAUGAAAAUAUGAAUUUAAUAUCUGACUAAUAAAGUGGUUAAGUUAUUCACUUUUUCGUUACCACAGUAUGACAAAAAUGAAUUGUUAUUUUUAAAUUAUUUGGUUACAUAGGGGUUACUAUGCUUGCUUUUACUAUUUCAUUUUACUUUGUAAAAUAUUGUUAAAAUGUUGUGUAUUUCAUUUAAGUUCCUAUAAAAUCAAAAG